UUGCUGAAAACAGUACAUUAUUUGCUGAAAAAUUAAAUCAAAAUUACAGUAUAAAUAUUUGUCUGUAUAUUAGAGUAUUGAUUUACCGAUUGCAAUGUUCCGAAGUGUUUUUAGGAAAACACAUAUGUCCAGAUUUAUUAGAUAUUUUAAUAGAAGAGCGAAACAUGAUUCGAAAAAAGAUGAAACGGCACUCGGCGAUGUGGCAUACGAAACGGAAUAUUAUUAUAAACAAGACAAGAAAAUGCUAAAAGAUAUCAAAGAAAAAACUCAAGACGAAGUGAAACAAAUGCAAAGAGAAAUACAAAUCAUGCGGAAUAAAAUUGAGGAAUAUAAUCGCGGCAUAAGCGAGAAUCUGAGAUUCUUAAAAGGCCUAGAGAGAGACUUAUCUGCCGGCGAUAAGAAGAAUUAACGUUCUAAUUAGAAUUUCAACAUU